GUGAACUGUUUUAUUUUGUUGAUCGCGCGUAGAAAGAUACUAAAAUUGUUUCAAGCGGUAGAAGAAUUUCAAACUCGACUCUCUUCCUUAAAACCGGUUUUUCUUGAAUAACAUUGUAAAAAGAUUAAAUGAAGACAUAGCAACUUCCACUCACUGUAUAGUAGUAGUAACAGAGAGUUUGUUAAUCGACAGUGGAUUGAUUUUCAUAUUUUUUAUCUUACUAAAAAUUUAACAAAGGUGAAAAUAUUUUCAUUUUUGUCUUAUAUCCUUACACAUAAUUAGUUUCUUUUAUGAUAAACUUUGUGUACUUAAUUUUUAAAUUUUCUAGAACAUUUGAAAAUACUAUAUUAAACGUGAAAAAAAAACAGUAUUUCUAUAUUAGACUGUAUUUCAAUUUAUUAAUAUAUUUCAAAUGAAAAGAUUAAUUAUUUUUCUCACCAUAAUUAUAAUUCAUUUAAUUUGUGGAUUGGACAGCGACUUACAUUUUCAAUCAAAAUAUUCUAGAUAUGAAUUCAUUUUACAUAAAUGUAUAGCCAGUGCUCAAUUAAAUAGAAAACAUCAAAUUGCAAUGCAAGAGAAAAAUUCGACUGCACGGCAGGUGCAAUCUCCAACUGUUUCUCUAAAUUUGAAAUUGAAUAAUAGUCAUCCAUUUAACAAUUCGAAAACAACCUAUAACAACGUGGAUAUGGAACAUUAUCUUAUAAAACGCAUGGAAAAUACACCUUUGAGGACUUUAAAUAUUAAAACUAUGCAACGUUUGUUACCUAUAUUUACAAAAAAAGAUUUACUACCAGAAUUGGAAAAGGUCACUAACAAGACUACAAAUUCAUCACACAGUAUUAUACUUAUUAAAUCAGCAACAUAA